AUGGGUCAGUCCACUCAUUUUUUCAUUCUUUUCUGCACUCCGUACUCUUGUGGCGGCUGUUUGAAAACAGGCGUUGCUGGUGGAAUUAUUCAGCCGAGUGCUGGCACAAGUGUUGGUGGCGCUGGUGUUCCAGCUCCCUCUGGUGUUGGUCCGACAGGCCAAGGCCAACCUGUUGCAACUGGAGUCCAACAACCUGGAGGUGUUGGUGUCGGCACAGGUGUCAAACCACCUAAACCUUAUCUACCAGGUGCUGGAGUCGGUGUUUUUCCAGGCGGAGCUGGAUAUCCCUAUGGUGGAACUUAUGGAGUGCCUUAUGGUGCAGGUACUGGGCCUGGAGCUGGAACUGGAGUCGGAACGCUGCCUGGAGCGAAGCCUCUGAAACCUCCAGUUGCAGGUGGAGCAGCGGGUGGAGCAGGAAUCCCACUGGCAGGAGGAGGUUUCCAAGGUGGGCUGACGUAUCCCUCUGCAGUUGGACUUGGAGGCGCUGGUGCUGGAGCUAAACCACCCAAACCAGGUGUACCAGGCUACGGCAACCUUGGAGGCGGUGGUGGAUAUCAGCCAGGUGCAGUUCCUGUGGCUCCUGGUUAUAGAGGAGGAUUCCCCCAACAGUACUACCCAGGUGGAUAUGUACCGGCCCCACUGACUCCUCAGCAAGCCAAAGCAGCAAAGUAUGGUCCACUGCAGGGCUUCCUUGGUGGUGCAGGAGGAGGAGGGGGCUACAGAGGUGGCGUUGCAGGAUGCCAGGGCAAAUACUGUGGGAGGAGGAAGUAGAGGAUCUCUUGAGAUCCAGUGACCUCAAGAAACCAUGGUGCUACUGCAUGAUCUAGAAUGUACAUUUCAUAUGCAAACAAAGCCCCAUUAGACAACCUGUAAAGAUGAUUGUAUUUUACUUACUUGACUUCAGUGUCUGUUUCUAUAGAAACCCACCGACCCAGAAUUUUGUACACGUUCUGAUGUGACGUAUGUUACUGAUAGUGCCUUUACUCAUUCAUGUGUUAUUCAGCUUUAACUAACUGUGCUGCACCUGCUUACUUAACGUACAAAGAGUGUGUUUGAGUCACCACGUGUUGCUGUAUGUGUGUGUGCGAGUGUGUGUUCUUUGGGCAUAUGGUUGUACUGUUGUGCGAAAGACUGUCUGAACCGUCAGCUGCCUAUGUGACCUACGAAUGAUUUUGUUUUUAAUCCUGAAGCAAGGUGAUCUUUCUCACCUGGCUGCGCAGAGCUCUCUGACAUGUCACAGGAGUUGGGUUGGCCGUCCAAAAAAAUGAUAGAAUCUGGCCAAUCUCAGCGUCGCUUCUGGCUCCCCGUCUUCUCUGCUGCUAUUUUUAGGCCUGCUGGGUAUAAAGCAGCGGGAAUUGGGGCUUUGGCCAAUCCAUCUGCUCUCAGCAACUUUGCUGAAUCUCGUUGCUGUGCAGUUCAGUUUUCUCAGCAUCUUUAAUGACGGCAAACAUUUUCUGCUCUUUAUAGAAUAGUGUGUUGAAGACAAUCAGAAAGGAAUGAAAAAGACGUGUUGCCUUUUAGCUUCAAGCAGAUUAAAAUGUCAUUCUGAUACUACUACGGCAUGUACAUUGUGUUUGUUUGAAUGUUUAAUUAUGUGUCCUAAUGUGUGGGAAAGACAGAGUGCCUUAGUCUGCUUCUAAUGUUUAGCCUCAUUUACAUCUAUGUAACUUGUCAUUACCUGAUUACUCAACAUGCUUUGACUCAUAGCUUUAUUGUUAACAGAAAUGUGUGAACAUAAAACAAGAACAAUCCUUUGCGUUUGCAUUUAUUCACUGUUAUUAAUUGUAAUAUGGAUUAAUACUUUGUUUAACGGGAGGGCCUUUGUGUGUGUAUGUGGGGCGUAAAAUCCCGUUGUUCUUUAUUUACUUGAGCUGCUUUUAAAAAGGCUUUACUGACCAAAGGUUCAUGAGCGCUGUUGCCAAGUGAUCCCAUCUCUUUCUGUAACUGUGUACUGUAUUUUGUACUAAUUUGAAGUUAGCUGGCUUCAGUUCCUUCACUCGGUGCUGUGUUAGAACUGUCUUUGAGCCUCGCUGGGUCAGACCUUGUCUUAUGUGACGUGGGAUAUUCUUCAUCUUUAUUUAAAACUGUUUUUAUAAGGAGGAACAGUGUGGUUUUGCACUUUUUCUAUGUCCACGACACACAUGUGACUUGUUCCCGGACAUCCCGGCAUUUUAUUUGCUUUCAACAAAUAACAAAAUAAAAUGUGUUAAAAGAA